AUGGGUGCUUCCGUGUCUAAGAUAAUGGGGAAGAUUUUCGGCACCAAGGAGAUGCGAAUCUUGAUGCUGGGUUUGGAUGCAGCUGGAAAAACCACAAUUCUCUACAAAUUGAAACUCACCAAUCAGGAUGUCACCACGAUUCCCACCGUCGGCUUCAACGUCGAGAGCGUUACAUAUAAAAAUGUCAAGUUCAACGUCUGGGAUGUCGGUGGUCAGGACAAGAUUCGGCCUCUAUGGAGACACUACUAUUCCGGUACACAAGGCCUGAUUUUCGUCGUUGACUCCAGCGACACCGCUCGGAUGGAAGAGGCUCGCUCCGAGCUUCACAAGAUCAUCAACGAUCGUGAAAUGAAGGAUGCGUUGCUGCUUGUCUUCGCCAACAAGCAGGAUGUUCAGGGCCAUAUGAGUCCUGAAGAUGUCACCCAGGCACUGCAACUCACCAAGCUCAAGGACAAGCUAUGGUAUGUUGCGCCCAGUGUCGCAACGGAGGGCACUGGUAUUUUCGAGGGUCUCGCUUGGCUCUCCAACAACGUCAAAACCCAACCUCAGAAAUAA